UGGCUGUUUGGGGAUAAAGCGCGGCGCUAUUCGGUCAUGUGAUUCCUGCCUUUUUUCCCCCUCCUUCGAAGUUGAAAGGCAGGAGCAGAGCAGAGGAGGGGGCCCAGCUCAGCUCAGCUCAGCUCGUCUUUCCUGCUUGUCGUGGAUGCAGCCUUUUCUCCUCCUUCUUCCACCACAGUAAUAUUUGCUUUUCGCUCGUUUUUUUUUUUUAAUUCAACGAAACAUUUCUUUCACAAUGGCGGGAGCUAUCAUCGAGAACAUGAGCACCAAAAAGUUGGUGAUACUGGGAGUUACUCUGCUUUUGUUUCAGGCGCUCGCCUUCAUGGUCGGCGGGUUAAUUGCUCCCAGUCCCACCAGUGCGGUGGAAUACCUGACAACAAAAUGUGUGGACAAAGAUGCACCGAAGACCAAGUGGUUCAUGCCAUGGGGUGUUAACCAGUGUAAGAAGGUCAAGACGUUCGACGAGGCCACGGCUCAGAAGAUCGAGGCUAACCACAUUGUGUUCGCCGCGCACAUUCCCAUGCCCAAGAAAGAGAUGAGCCCCUGGUUCCAGUUCAUACUGGUCAUCCUGCAGUUCGACAUCGCUUUCAAUAUGAACAACCCGAUCGUGGACGGAGCAGUAGUCACCAUCGAUGCUAGCCUGGCCUACAGAGAUGAUUUGUUCAGCGAGUGGACAGAGAUGGCUCACUCGUUGGAACACAGGAACCUGAACUGCAACUUCACCUCUGAAAAGACCACUGAGAACGAGGGCCGUUACUACGGAUGCGACCCCCUGCCGUUCAUGGAGGUGGGCAGCGUGGCUCACAAAUACUACCUCAUCAACAUCCGCCUGCCGGUCAAAGACAGGAAGACGGUCAACAAUGGGAUCGGGGAGAUCAGAGACAUUCGUCUCGUGAGCAUCCAUCAGAACGGAGGCUUUACUCAGGUUUGGUUCGCCAUGAAGACUUUCCUCACACCCAGCAUCCUCAUCAUCAUGAUCUGGUACUGGAGGCGGAUCACCCUCAUGACCAGACCGCCCGUUCUCCUGGAAAAGGUGAUCUUUGCUCUGGGCAUCUCCAUGACGUUCAUCAACAUCCCAGUGGAGUGGUUCUCUGUGGGCUUUAACUGGACCUGGAUGCUUCUAUUCGGAGACAUCCGACAGGGAAUCUUCUACUCCAUGCUGCUGUCCUUCUGGAUCAUCUUCUGUGGUGAACAUCUCAUGGACCAGAUGGAGAGAAACCGUUUUUCAGUUUAUUGGAAGCAAGUCGGCCCGAUUGUGUUUGGUUCCUUCUGCCUUUUUAUCUUCGACAUGUGUGAGAGAGGUGUCCAGCUAACAAAUCCCUUCUACAGCAUCUGGGCUUCAGACGUAGGGACGGAGUUGGCCAUGUCCUUCAUAAUUGUGGCAGGAAUCUGUGCCUGUCUCUACUUCCUGUUCCUCUGCUUCAUGGUGUUCCAAGUCUUCCGUAACAUCAGUGGUAAAAGGACUUCACUGCCUGCCAUGUCCAAGGCCAGACGCCUGCAUUAUGAGGGUCUGAUCUUCAGGUUUAAGUUCCUCAUGCUGGUCACACUGACCUGUGCUGCCAUGACCAUCAUCUUCUUCAUCAUCAGCCAGGUGAACGAGGGCCACUGGCACUGGGGUGACCGCACGGUGCAGGUCAACAGUGCCUUCUUCACCGGCAUCUAUGGGAUGUGGAACCUGUACGUCUUUGCCAUCAUGUUCCUCUAUGCGCCUUCGCACAAAUGCUACGGAAACGAUCAGUCAAGUGGUCAGUGCAUUGCUGGUGACGGUGGAGCCACCAGCGGAGAAGACAUCCAGCUGACCACCACCAUCACCCAUGUUGAUGGGCCCACUGAGAUCUACAAAAUGACUGGGAAAGAGGCCCAGGAAUAGUUUACACUGUCCCAGACGCCUGUCUACUCUCCACUACUCUCAUACACACCUCCCACCCAUCGCCCCCCCCCUCCCAUAGCGUCAACACUCUACUAGACAAGCGGUUGCUCACUCCCAUCAGUAAACAUUAAACCUGUUUAGAUGGCGCCAUGUUUCCAUAGUCGUCCAUGUAACCUUCACGCCGGUCCCUCUUAUUUCAGUCACUUUUUAUAUUAUACGUAUAUGUAGACUGUUGUGUUUGUAAAUGUUGCACAAUGUCUUUUCCAUAAAACUGGGUACUGAAAAGCUGCUUUAGCUGGAUGUUGCAUGUAGCAGCUGUUACAUUCUGGUUUUUAAACAGACCGAGAAGAAGGCAGUGAAGACAUUUCAGCUGACUGUCCUGCUCUACCGUGUUCUCCUUCUUAUCCAGGCUCACACAGCAGGUGGGUGACAAGCUGCUGGUACUAUUAUUCUGGGUUUCUUUAAUCACUGGGGGAAAUGUACACAAGUCAUUUGCUACAUUGCUAAAUCAUUAUGCAUUCAUUGUGUUACAAUGUAGAUAUCCAUAUUGGUUUUUUUUAUAAGAGUGCUUAUUUUCAGCUUCACAAACUGUAGCACCAAGCUUUGAGUGUUUGGGAGGUAAACUGUAGCCUUAUACAUUCUGUAUUUAGUUUAGUUUUUUCCCCUUUUGUAUGCUUAUUUAAAUAAAAGACUUUUACUCUAUAU